UUUUUCCAAAUGUUGUGACCCUUUAACGGAAGCUCCGUCGCAUUGCCACGCCACGUCCACCUCCUCUUCCACCUUUCUUCUUCUUUUUCUCAGUGUCUCUCUCUCUAAAACCACAACCGGAAAGCCAAGCUCUCUUCCUCUCUCUAAAACCAGGGUUUCAACUUCAACUUCAGCAUGGGAACUGCGAAGCGGCAGUUGAAUGCCAUGCUUCGCAAGAAUUGGCUUCUCAAAGUUCGUCAUCCUUUUACCACUUCUGCUGAGAUUUUGCUACCAACCAUUGUUAUGUUGUUGUUGAUCGCGGUAAGGACACGAGUUGAUACGCAAAUUCACCCAGCCCAACCGUACAUACGGAAAGAUUUGUUUGUUGAGAUAGGUAAAGGCAUAUCCCCCAAUUUCCAACAAGUUUUGGAGUUAUUGUUGGCCAAGGGAGAGUAUUUGGCUUUUGCACCUGAUACAGAGGAAACAAGGACUAUGAUCAACUUAAUGUCGAUAAAAUUUCCCAAAUUGAAGCUAGUUAGUAGAAUUUACAAAGAUGAACUCCAGCUGGAAAACUACAUACGUUCAGAUCUCUAUGGUGCUUGCGGCGAAGUCAAGAGUUGUUUGAAUCCCAAAAUUAAGGGGGCGGUGGUUUUUCAUGAUCAAGGUCCUCAGUCAUUUGAUUAUAGCAUACGCCUCAACCACACAUGGGCUUUCUCUGGAUUUCCUGAUGUUAAAUCCAUCAUGGACACUAAUGGCCCUUAUCUCAAUGACUUGGAAUUGGGUGUUGAUCCUGUACCGACAAUGCAAUACAGCUUCAGUGGAUUUUUGACUCUUCAGCAGGUGUUAGAUUCAUUCAUAAUUUUUGCUGCCCAGCAAUCUGAAUCUAACAUUCGUGCUAAUGGCAUGGACCCUGCAUCAUCAUACUCAUUAGACACAACUGUGUCUCUCAAGUUGCCUUGGACCCAAUUCAACCCUUCAAAGAUACGAGUAGUUCCAUUUCCAACUCGGAGUUACACUGAUGAUGAGUUCGAGUCCAUUAUUAAGAAUGUCAUGGGAGUAUUGUAUCUGUUAGGAUUUCUGUAUCCAAUUUCUCGCCUGAUCAGCUAUUCAGUGUUUGAGAAGGAACAGAAGAUUAGAGAAGGUCUCUACAUGAUGGGCUUGAAAGAUGGUGUAUUCCAUCUCUCUUGGUUUAUUACAUAUGCUUUGCAGUUUGCAGUUUCAUCUGGGAUCAUAACAGCUUGUACUAUGGGCAGCCUUUUCAAGUACAGUGAUAAGACAGUGGUGUUUGCAUAUUUCUUUUGCUUUGGACUCAGCGCAAUUACACUGUCAUUUUUAAUCUCUACAUUUUUCACACGAUCAAAGACAGCCGUGGCAGUUGGAACCCUCUCUUUUCUUGGGGCCUUCUUUCCUUAUUACACUGUCAAUGAUGAGGCUGUACCCAUGGUAUUGAAGAUCAUUGCAUCUUUUCUGUCACCUACGGCCUUUGCUCUAGGAUCAGUUAACUUUGCAGAUUAUGAGCGUGCUCAUGUUGGACUUCGUUGGAGCAACAUAUGGCGGUCAUCAUCCGGAGUGAAUUUUUUGGUCUGUCUCCUGAUGAUGUUGCUUGACACUUUGCUAUACGUCAUGAUUGGUCUUUAUCUGGACAAGGUCCUUCCGAGGGAAAAUGGAGUGCGAUAUCAAUGGAAUUUCAUAUUCCAAAAGUGUUUCUGGAGAAAGAAAAGUAUUAUUAAGCAUCAUGUAUCUAGUGCAGAAGUUAAAAUUAAUGAUAAGCUUUCCAAGGAAGAGGUGAACUUUGUAAGAAAAGAUAUGUGUGAACCUGUUGUGGAAGCUAUAAGCUUGGACAUGAAGCAACAAGAGCUUGACAGAAGAUGCAUUCAAAUUAGGAACUUGCAUAAGGUUUAUGCUAGUAAAAAGGGGAAUGGUUGCGCUGUUAACUCACUAAAGCUCACCUUAUAUGAAAACCAAAUACUUGCACUUCUAGGACACAAUGGAGCCGGUAAAAGCACAACAAUAUCAAUGCUUGUUGGGCUGCUUCCUCCUACAUCUGGGGAUGCUUUGGUGUUUGGAAAAAAUAUCGUAACAGAUAUGGAUGAGAUACGGAAAGAACUAGGGGUGUGUCCUCAACAUGAUAUUCUAUUCCCAGAGUUGACAGUUAGGGAGCAUUUGGAGAUGUUUGCUAUAUUGAAGGGUGUGAAGGAAGAUAUUUUGGAGAAUGUUGUAACUGAUAUGGUCGAUGAAGUGGGUUUGGCUGAUAAAGUCAACACAGUUGUGAGGGCUCUUUCUGGUGGUAUGAAGAGGAAAUUAUCUCUCGGAAUUGCUUUGAUAGGAGAUAGCAAGGUUGUAAUUCUUGAUGAACCCACUAGUGGAAUGGAUCCAUAUUCAAUGCGCUUGACCUGGCAGUUAAUUAAAAAAAUAAAGAAAGGAAGGAUUAUAUUAUUAACAACUCACUCAAUGGAUGAAGCUGAUGAACUAGGAGAUAGGAUAGCUAUCAUGGCCAAUGGUUCUUUGAAAUGCUGUGGAAGUUCCCUUUUCUUGAAGCAUCAAUAUGGUGUUGGAUAUACUCUUACCUUAGUGAAGUCUGUGCCCACUGCCUCUACAGCUGCUGAUAUUGUUUAUCGUCAUAUUCCAUCAGCAAUGUGUGUGAGUGAGGUUGGAACUGAGAUCACCUUCAAGCUUCCCCUGGCAUCUUCAUCGUCCUUUGAAAAUAUGUUUAGGGAAAUAGAAAGUUGUAUGAGAAGAUCAAAUUCUAAUGUCAAAACACUUGGUGGUGAAGAUAAAAAAAUUUUUGGCAUUGAAAGUUAUGGUAUAUCUGUCACAACGCUGGAGGAAGUAUUUUUAAGAGUUGCGGGUUGUAAUUUUGAUGAAUCUGACUGUACAAACGAGGCAAAUAAUUUUGUUACACCAGAUCUUGUGGCUUCUCAUGCUUCUCACGAACAAUCUUCCAAACAGAUUUCCCUUGCUAAAUUAUCUGGGAAUUAUAAAUGGCUAGUUGGAUUCAUUUUUACUGUAGUGCAGAGAGCUUGUGGUUUGAUUUUUGCCACUAUUGUCAGUUUCUUGAACUUCUUAAGUAUGAAGUGCUGUUCGUGUUGUAUCAUUCCAAGGUCAAUGUUUUGGCAACAUUGUAGAGCAUUAUUUAUAAAGAGGGCUGUAUCUGCUCGUAGGGACCGAAAAACAGUUGUGUUCCAGCUUUUGAUUCCUGUUAUCUUCUUGUUUUUUGGUCUUCUUUUUCUGAAGCUUAAGCCACAUCCUGAUCAGCUGUCAGUGACCUUCACAACUUCAGAGUUUAAUCCUCUGUUAAGUGGUGGUGGUGGUGGUGGUCCUAUUCCUUUUGAUCUAUCCUGGCCUAUUGCAAACGAGGUUUCAAAAUACAUUGAAGGGGGUUGGAUUCAAAGUUUUAAAAACAGUACAUAUAAAUUUCCCAAUUCAGAAAAGGCACUAGCUGAUGCAGUUGAGGCAGCAGGGCCAAUUCUGGGACCAGUUUUACUCUCAAUGAGUGAAUUUCUUAUGUCAAGCUUUAAUCAAUCCUACCAGUCAAGAUAUGGGGCAGUUGUGAUGGAUGAUCAGAAUGGCGAUGGAAGUUUAGGAUUCACUGUACUACAUAACAGUUCUUGUCAGCAUGCAGCUCCAACUUAUAUCAACGUUAUGAAUGCUGCAAUCCUUAGGCUUGCUACUCGUAAUAAAAAUAUGACAAUUCGAACACGCAACCAUCCUCUGCCCAUGACAAAAAGCCAGCGGUUACAACAUCAUGAUCUGGAUGCCUUCUCUGCGGCAAUUAUUGUUAGUAUUGCCUUCUCAUUUGUUCCUGCCUCCUUUGCUGUUUCCAUUGUAAAGGAACGUGAAAUAAAAGCUAAACAUCAACAAUUAAUUAGUGGGGUUUCUGUAUUCUCAUAUUGGACUUCUACAUACAUAUGGGACUUCAUCAGCUUUUUAUUUCCUUCAAGUUUUGCCAUAAUUCUCUUCUACAUAUUUGGUCUUGAUCAGUAUAUUGGAAGGGACUGCCUGUUGCAAACAGUCCUCAUAUUUUUGGAGUAUGGAUUGGCAAUUGCAUCAUCAACAUAUUGCCUGACUUUCUUCUUCUCUGAUCACACAAUGGCUCAGAAUGUAGUUCUCUUGGUCCACUUCUUCACUGGACUAAUUCUCAUGGUUAUCUCGUUUAUUAUGGGGCUCAUACCAACAACAGCAAAUGCAAAUUCUUUUCUCAAGAAUUUCUUCAGAUUGUCACCAGGGUUUUGCUUUGCUGAUGGGCUUGCUUCAUUGGCUCUUUUACGGCAAGGGAUGAAAGUAAAAUCUAGCAAUGGAGUUUUUGAUUGGAAUGUUACUGGUGCCUCCAUUUUUUACCUUGGUUGUGAGAGUGUUUGUUACUUCCUUUUAACACUUGGACUUGAAGUUUUGCCUUCUCACAAAUGGACUCUUGGGAGAAUUAAAGAGUGGUGGAAGCGUACAAGAAAUCUCCAGUGUGAUAAUCCUUCUAGUCAUUUAGAGCCGCUACUAAAAUCUCCUGCAGAAACUGUUGCUGUUGACUUUGAUGAAGAUAUAGAUGUGAAGACAGAAAGAAACAGAGUACUUUCUGGUUCUGUUGAUAAUGCCAUAAUCUACUUGCGUAAUCUUCGAAAGAUUUAUCCUGGAGGAAAUAAUUAUGAUCCAAAAGUAGCUGUUCAUUCAUUGACUUUCUCAGUUCAAGCAGGAGAGUGUUUUGGUUUCUUAGGAACAAAUGGAGCUGGGAAGACUACAACUCUGUCAAUGCUAUCUGGAGAAGAAUACCCAACAGAUGGAACUGCUUUUAUUUUUGGCAAAGACAUAUGUUCAAAUCCCAAGGCUGCCCGUCGGCUUAUUGGUUAUUGCCCCCAAUUUGAUGCUCUAUUGGAAUAUCUGACUGUCAAAGAACAUCUUGAACUUUAUGCGAGGAUAAAAGGAGUGCCAGAUUACAGGAUAGAUGAGGUUGUCAUGGAAAAGUUGGUGGAGUUUGACUUGUUGAAGCAUGCUCACAAACCAUCAUUUACACUAAGUGGGGGCAACAAGCGCAAAUUAUCUGUUGCAAUUGCAAUGAUUGGAGAUCCUCCAAUAGUCUUUCUUGAUGAGCCAUCGACAGGCAUGGAUCCUAUUGCUAAACGAUUUAUGUGGGAAGUAAUAUCUCGUUUAUCGACAAGACAAGGGAAGACAGCUGUGAUUCUUACUACCCACAGUAUGAAUGAAGCUCAAGCUUUGUGCACUCGAAUUGGGAUAAUGGUUGGAGGCCACUUAAGAUGCAUUGGAAGUCCGCAACAUUUGAAAACGAGAUUUGGAAAUUAUCUGGAGCUAGAGGUUAAACCUACUGAGGUCAGUUCCAUGGAUUUAGAAAACUUUUGCCGAGUUAUUCGACAAAGGCUCUUUGAUAUUCCUUCUCAUCCAAGGAGCUUACUGGAUGACCUUGAAGUUUGUAUUGUUGGUCCUGACUCCAUUACAUCAGAAAAUGCUUCAGUGGCAGAGAUUAGCUUGUCAAAAGAAAUGAUAGUUACAAUUGGCCGUUGGCUUGGUAAUGAAGAAAGAACGAAGACUCUUAUAUUUUCAACAUCUGUCUCUGGUGGGUCUUUUGGUGAACAGUUAACAGAGCAGUUGAUUCGGCAUGGUGGUAUACCUUUGCCGAUAUUUUCUGAGUGGUGGUUAGCCAAAGAAAAGUUUUCGGUGAUUGAUUCUUUUAUCCUGUCUUCAUUUCCUGGCUCUACAUUCCACGGAUGCAAUGGGUUGAGUGUCAAAUAUCAGUUGCCAUAUGGAAAAGGCCUCUCGCUUGCUGACGUUUUCGGACACCUAGAACAGAACAGAAAUCGACUGGGAAUAGCAGAGUACAGUAUCAGCCAAUCAACUCUGGAAACCAUAUUUAAUCAUUUUGCUGCAAACUCAUGACAUAUCAACACUUAUAGGUUAAAUUUUUCUGACCCUUGUUAUGUCUUAGGAGGGUUCAAAGAGCGUAUGUUUUUCCCCUAGGCUAGGACACAAAAUAGUUUACAGAAUUACAGGCCCUUUGUAAAUAUGAGAGAUGGGCAAUGUUCAAAUUUAAAAUCUUGGCAUAUUAAAUUGUAAAUUCUCAUUACAUGUGAUAUGCUACAUAUAGAGGAAUUACAAGUGCUCUCAUGACAAUACAAUAGAAAUAGAUGCAGUAGUAUUAUCUUACUCUCAUUUGGUUCGUAAUGUUGAGCCAUAGUUAUCUUAGGCCUUUAGCUACAAUAUGAUUUUGUUAUUUAUAUUUCGAUUCAGAAUUUUCGCAUUUGAGGUCUAUCUUGUAUGCAGUAAUCUGAUUGGUAGUUAGAAUAUAUAAAUGACAAUAUUAUUAUGCAUAACAUGAAUUUAUUUGUUGGAUA